GAGCAGCGAGCGAGCGAGCGGGCGGGGGUUAAAGGUGCAGCUGGAAGGGAAGUUUGGAGAAGGUCGCGCGGUGUCUGUGCGCUCCGGCAGCAUCAUGGCGGAGCCCAGCGACUCGCCUGUCCACCUCCAGCAGCCCGCGCCGGCGGCCGCUCCCGCCGCCUGGCCCAUCUGCAGGGACGCCUACGAGCUGCAGGAGGUUAUCGGUAGUGGUGCUACAGCAGUAGUCCAGGCAGCGCUAUGCAACCCCAGGCAAGAACGUGUAGCAAUAAAGCGAAUCAACUUAGAAAAAUGCCAGACCAGUAUGGAUGAAUUGCUUAAAGAAAUUCAAGCCAUGAGUCAAUGCAAUCAUCCCAAUAUAGUGACCUAUUACACGUCCUUUGUGGUUAAGGAUGAACUCUGGCUGGUUAUGAAGUUACUAAGUGGAGGUUCAAUGCUGGAUAUAAUAAAGUAUAUCGUCAACAGAGGGGAACACAAGAAUGGUGUCCUUGAAGAAGCUAUAAUAGCAACAAUUCUUAAAGAAGUUUUGGAAGGCUUAGAUUAUCUACACAGGAAUGGGCAAAUUCACAGGGAUUUGAAAGCUGGCAAUAUCCUUUUGGGUGAAGAUGGCUCAGUACAAAUAGCAGAUUUUGGUGUUAGUGCAUUUUUAGCAACAGGAGGCGAUGUUACCCGUAACAAAGUAAGAAAAACCUUUGUUGGUACCCCAUGUUGGAUGGCACCUGAAGUCAUGGAACAGGUGAGAGGUUAUGAUUUCAAGGCCGAUAUGUGGAGUUUUGGAAUAACUGCCAUUGAAUUAGCAACAGGAGCUGCACCGUACCACAAAUAUCCUCCUAUGAAAGUGUUAAUGCUGACAUUGCAAAAUGACCCUCCCACUUUAGAAACGGGUGUAGAGGACAAAGAAAUGAUGAAAAAGUACGGGAAAUCCUUUAGAAAACUAAUUUCACUAUGUCUUCAAAAAGACCCUUCCAAAAGGCCCACAGCCGCGGAACUUUUAAAAUGCAAAUUCUUCCAGAAAGCCAAGAAUAGAGAAUACCUGAUAGAAAAGCUUCUUACUAGAACACCUGAUAUAGCACAAAGAGCAAAAAAGGUUAGACGAGUACCUGGCUCCAGUGGCCAUCUUCAUAAGACAGAAGAUGGGGACUGGGAGUGGAGUGAUGAUGAGAUGGAUGAAAAGAGUGAAGAAGGCAAAGCUGCAUUUUCUCAAGAAAAGUCAAGAAGAGUAAAAGAAGUGGCGAAUACAGAGAUUUCCAUGAAUGCCACUAAUAUCCCAGAACAGAUCCAGAAUCUAUCUAUACAGGACCCUCAGUCCCUGCCUACUGUUAGUGAUGAAUAUACUGAAGUUCCACAUGCAGUGAAUCUUGUUCUAAGAUUAAGGAAUUCUAGAAAGGAACUUAAUGACAUACGAUUUGAGUUUACUCCAGGCAGAGACACGGCAGAUGGCGUUUCUCAAGAGCUGUUCUCUGCAGGCCUGGUUGAUGGUCACGAUGUUGUUAUAGCAAUUUGGCUCCUCAAAAACUGGGUGCAAGAGUCCAGUAGCUUCCUCUUUUUACCAGAAUAAAGGAAUUGUUGAAGAGCACAACAAAGGACACUUGUGACUGGAACAUCAUUAACAAAUAUUAGUGGCUUACCUCUCACGUGAUCUAUAUUUGGUACUGGUAACACUAACACUAUGUAGAAUUGAAUUACUGCACCAGUGUCAGAAUCAAAGCAGUCAACGAACAUCCACACCCAUCACAUAUUGGUUCAGAUGAGUAGCUUGUCCAGUUUACCUAGUGGGUUCAACUCCUGAUCCUUGCAUUGCUGUCCUUCCUCACCACUUUGGUCCACUUGGUUGGAUCCCUGUACCCUCAAUGAUCCAGUUUCCUACAUCUAAGUAGGAAAAAGUUCUGCUUGAGGGUUUUUUGCCUCAUCACAUACCUAAAAGAGGUUACUCAGAUACUUUAUCAAAAUCUAACUCGCUGAAGUAUUUUAGGAAGGAAACUGAUAUUCCAAUGCUAUUGUAUAAACAAAGUCCAUGUUUGUUUUGCCGGGACUGGGAAGCUAAAAAAGAAGCCAUACCCGCUUUACAUAUAAACAGACAAUUUCAGUCUCCACAGCUGUCAACCAGGAGUAUGAUUCCUGUCUGACUCAGUCCCCAAAUGCAGCUGCCACUCCCUGUUCCUUCUCUCACAGGCAGAGUCACCCAGCUCUUUUCCCAAUUUUUCUCACAGCAGAAGUGGGAGGUUGACAGAAUUGCAGCCAUUCCUUUCUGCAUUCAAAGUCUCAAGCUUAAUAUUUCAGCUUGCUCCCAUGAAAAAGAAUCCCUCACCUUCUAGCCCUCCCCUUUGCUUUAGAGAUGGCAUAUGCAUGGGAUGGAGAAAACUGUACAGAUCUUGGGGGGACAGGAAGGAGUAUUUGAAAUUCAGUCCUGAGAUGGAAUCCUCAAGUGAAAGAAUCCAUUGGGCGAGAGGGGCGGUAACCUUCAAAAAGCAGUGAUAAGAUGGAAUACAUGGAGGCAAAAAAGGAAUCCAAAAGAAGUGUUUUGACCUCUAAAAGUAUGGCCUGUGACAAGCUAUAUAACAGACUAGGAAGACAUGAGGGAGAGAAGAUCAUCUAUAAACUCCCCAAGGCAAGAGAGAAUGAUGAGGGAUGUGAAUGAAUUUGCUUACAUUAAACAUGAGUAUUGUAUAUUGCGCACACACAAAAAAAAAGGUGAGUCAAUCAACCAAAGUUGAGAGUGAUUAUUUUGAAAGAGUGAUGAAUGAGGGGAACCCAGUGAAGGAAUUCAGAAUAUGUAAGCUGAACUGGGGCGUGCUAGAUUGUAUACAGGAGGAAAAGGCUGCAGAGGCACUGUGGAAAAUGGAAAAAGGAGAAAGUACCUGGGACAGAUGAAGUAACAGUGGAUGCAGUGAAGUCAAUGGGAAGGGAAGGCAUCAAGUAUCUUACAAGUUUGUUAAGUUAUACUCUUGAGAAAAAGAAAACAUCAGAUGAAUGGUGUAAAAGGUUUGUGGGACUUGCUUUUAAACAUAGUGCACAGUGUAAUAUCUCUUCUGUCACCCAAUUAAUCUGACAUCACAAGUCAUGAAAGUAUGGGAGAAGAUUGACAAGCAUCUCAUGGAGUGGUUGGAAUUUAGAAGGGUCAAUAUUGAUUCAUGGUGGGAAGGAGCACAAUUGAUAACAUAUUUGUGUUAUGAAUCCUGAUGGAGACAUUUAGAGAAAAGAGUUGGCAACUGGGUAUGAUGUUUGUGGACCUGGAGAAGGUGUACUAUCAUGCACCAAGAGAAGUAGUUUGGUGAAGUUAGCAUUCUGACACAUCUCUUAUCGGCCAUGUCCAUCUUAUCCACUAUAUGCAUAAUGGAAUGACUGUUGUAAUCACAACUAAAUGGGGGUACAAUAAAGAACUUCCUGUAAAUGUUGG